GACAGACAAAAAGAAGCAGAAGACACUCGGCCUUGCAGGAAGAAGUUGUGUGUUUAUAUUUGAUUUAGCUGAAGACCUGAAGACAGAAAAACGACUUUUCAUAUAUGCCAUUUUCGACGCUAAUUUGACGAAAUAUGGCAGGUAUUGACGAUUAUCAGAAUUAUAAAAACAAUAAGUUUAAAGAUUUGCGUGAUGAUGCAGACUCCGGCUGGGAGCCUGCAUUUCCUGAAGGACUUACUACACCAAGUCGCAGUAUUCGUCCCAGGGAGUUAGAAAUAAAACCUCGAGUUCCACCACGCUCCCCAGAGGAAGAUGAAGAAGCAGCUGUUCGACGAUAUGUUGGUGUAGGUGUGGGUCUUGCUACGCUAAUUACUGAAAAUCUCCUCAGUCAUCCUUUUGUAGUACUUAGAAGACAAUGUCAGGUUCACAAUGCAUCCAGCCGAUACCAUUUGGUUCCAAUUACUUUAGUCCCUAUCAUUAUUCACUUGCAUCAACGACAGGGAAUCACUACUCUAUGCAAGGGAUUAGGCUCAAUUCUUCUAGUUCGAGGCAUGACACUUGCUGUGGAAGACCUUAUUUCUAAAUUCACUCCCUGGCCAAAGGAGGUAAAUUCUGAAAGCUCUUUGAAAGCAUUUGGACAACAUAUUCUGUUGAAAUGCAUAAGUCUGGCAAUUGUCACUCCUUUCUACUCUGCAAGUCUAGUUGAAACGGUUCAAAGUGACAUAGCUAGCGAAAAGCCUGGCAUUUUUGAUGUUUUCAAGGAAGGUGUGGUUAGGCUGGUGAGCUGGGGCUCUCCUCAGAAAGGACGAAUGUUGCCUGUGUGGGCACUUGUGACACCUACAGUUAUGUACGGACUUUUGAAAUAUCUUGUGUGUCUGUUCACAAGGGGUGUUACUAGCCGUGUACUUCACCAACAGAGACGAGCCAUAAAAGAAAGACAGGGAGCUUUCCCCAGAGAAAUGGCUCAAACAUCAGAAGACAUUGAAAUCACAUCUUCACUUGUGGGACUUGUUACAGCAGAUGUAUUGCUUUUCCCACUUGAAACUAUCUUGCACAGGUUACACCUACAAGGCACAAGAACAAUCAUUGACAAUUUGGAUUCUGGCUAUGCUGUGACUCCUAUUCUCACAAGCUAUUCUGGUAUCAGGGAUUGCUAUCGAACAACUAUUCAACAGGAAGGGGUCCCCGGACUGUAUAAAGGCUUUGGGGCCUUAGUUUUGCAAUUUGCUGCUCAUGUUGCAGUUAUAAAACUUGCAAAAGUAAUGCUAACAGAACUUGGGCGCCUCUUGAGUGGCAGUGGCGGUAAUGGAAGCCCAAAGCCUCCAACUCCUCAAGAAGAAAUUAUUACAGAAUCAUUUAGGCCACAGUCAUACCCUUAUGCACAGCAGCAAAUACCCUCUUACCCUCGUCAGCAGUAUCCCAGGUAUCCACCAACAGAUCUAUCACAUGCCAGUACUCCGUCUGGAGAUGCUGCUCACCCCCAAUUCUUCUGGACACAUUAGUUUUUUUAAGCCGAUUCUCAAUCAAAGAAGCAAAGCUUUCAAGAUCGACAUUUUAUUUGAUGGUAACAUAAGAUGCAGUGUGAGCUAAUGUAGUGAACUUAUCUAGUCCUUCAUGGAUACUUAAUUUGGAAAUGUGGAAAUCAAAAAGCAGCAUCCAUUGUAUGUUUUGUAAUUGCCACAAGGCUCUGGAGUGUAUAAUGUUACAGUAGAGGGUUUCAUAUUUAUUUUGGUAUUAUAUCAAUGUACAAUAUAUUGAGACACAUGUCAUGUCACUCUAAGAGUUGUGCUGUUUGUGUAACAAAUUGGGAAAUUUGGCAUUGCCAGAUGCCAGGGUGUUGAUCUUCAAGAUCAUCUUUUCCAUACCAGUGUAUUUUAUGAUAAAGUGGUUUGUAUAAAUAAAUUUUUCUGUUAGUUGUA